AGCUGCACCAGUCGUGAUUCAUGGCCGCCAAUCUUUUAUUCUUUCAUCGCUCAUCUCCUUUCUUCUCACCGCGUAGCAACACUGCAUCUAUCCGGUGCGCCUGCCAUGGUGCGGUCGUACCUUCGCCACGAACCUACGCAGGCCUUUGGCUUGGUAGCAUCCUCCACCUCUCGCUCCCUCCUGUGCAGCGAUGGCAAGACGGCCGUAGUGCCAGCGUUGGAGGACGUUCUGGUUUGGGAUGUCAAGCGAGGAACUCAGCUCAGCAUGUGGCAUGAUGUUGGGCACAAGGCCAGUGUCACAGCUAUAGCUCGUGCUCCUCAACGCUCAGACGACAUCUUGUCCACCUAUGCCGUGGGCUAUCAGGAUGGCAGCAUUCGCAUUUGGCGCGUCAAUCCUUUGGAUACCGAAGCCCCUACAAGCCCUGCACUCACUUUCAAUGGGCACAACGCCGCGGUCACCAGUCUUGCGUUCGAGGACCAAGGUGGGCUCAGGCUGGCAAGCGGAAGCUUGGACACGGACAUCAUCCUUUGGGAUGUCGUCGCGGAGACGGGUAUGUAUCGCAUGAAAGGUCAUCGCAACGCCAUCACAGACCUCGCUUUCGUGCCCGCAACCAACAAGCAUGCUUCGCAAGACGCAUACAAGCAGCCUUCCUCGUCUUCCGCGAGCUUCACCAGCUUGGGUCAUCUCGUCUCUGCUUCAAAAGAUGGUCUUAUCAAGCUCUGGGAUCUCAGCAUGCAGCACUGUCUUCAAACGGUCGUUCCUGGCAAAGGCGAGAUACUCAGCUUGGCCAUGGCUUCGGGAUUUGGCGGCAAAUCCAUAGAUCAGCUUACAGUAGAUGGAGCUUCAGAUCGAGACGAUGCCUCAGUCCUGUUGCUCACAGGCUCUGCAGAAGGCGAGGUACGAAUCUGGGAGAUCGACACCAAAGCGCUCGCAGGUGGGAUACAGGCCUCGGCGAUGAAUGUGGAUCUGGAAGGUACUGAAGACGCAGCUGGAGGUCUGAGCCGUGGUUUCAUCAUUCCGCACGGCACGCUUCCCGUGUCCUCCUCUCGACGCAUCAUCCAGAUCUUGUUUGCUCCACCUCGAGGCGCUGCAGGAUGCGGCUUCGUCGCCGUAAUGAGCUCCGAGAAGGCGGUGCAAGUGUUUCGGAUACGCACACAAGACGACAUGCGAAAGAAGCUUGCUCGACGAAACAGACGUGCAAGAGAGAAGGCACAGAAAAAGUCCGAUGGCGGAACUUCAACAGCAGCAACAGCGCUGGACGACGCAGGUUCAAAUGAACCUGCAAAUGCGGACAUUUCUUGGGCGGAGCGGUUAGAAUCGUACACAAUUGUGCGUCCGACGCAGGGUCGUCUGCGAAGCUUUGCCUUUCAAGAUGCGAGCGAGAACGCGAACAGUAACGCGGCCACGCCCAUGCUUCUCGCGCUUGCAACGAAUGCAAUCGAGGUGCAGAGCUUGCCACCUCCGCCUCAAAGCAAGUCAGAAAAGGCCACUCCUCCGGAAGCAACACUGUCGUGCGGAAUCGAUCUGCCGGGACACAGAUCGGAAGCUAGAGCGGUGGCGUUGUCAUCCGACGACACACUGCUUGCCUCCGCAGACAGCUUCGGGCAAUUGAAGAUCUGGAACGUUGCAACGGGGAGGUGCAUACGGACUCUACCUGGCGCGUACGCCUUGACGGUUGCGUGGCUUCCUGGUGAUCGACACGUCCUGGUGGGUUGCAAAGACGGCACACUCAGAUCGUACGAUAUUCCGGCAGGAGAAGCUGUGGAGACUAUCCAAGCUCAUGACGGACCGCUCUGGAGCAUCGCUGUGCACCCCGACGGUCAAAGCUGUGUGACUGCUAGCGCAGACAAAGAUGUGAAGUUUUGGGAAUUCGAAAGCGUUGUUUCUGCCAUCGAGGAACGGCCGGAGGACCAAUCAGGACCAAAUCAAGAGCAGGACGAAGGUCGGCCAGCUCCUAGCGCGGGUAGAAUGCAACUCUCCCUGGCGCAUGUUCGUACCCUCAAGAUGACCGAUGACGUCCUAUUCGCCAAGUAUAGCCCUGACGGGCGCUUGCUAGCCCUCAGUCUGCUAGACAGUACAGUCAAAGUGUUUUUUGCCGAUUCGCUCAAAUUCUUCCUCUCGCUUUACGGACACAAGCUGCCAGUGCUGUCGUUGGACAUUUCGAGCGACUCGAAGCUGUGCUUGACGGUCUCGGCUGACAGGAACGCCAAGAUCUGGGGCUUGGAUUACGGAGACUGCCAUCGGAGCUUGUUCGCACAUGAAGAGGCCGUGAUGGGCUGCGCAUUUGAGCGAGGGAGUCAAGGCGGCGGUUUGAUGGGCGGCAAAGAAGGCGCUUCUCAUCACUUUUGGACCGUCGGCAGGGACGGCAGAGUCAGGCACUGGGACGGGGACCGUUUCGAGCUCAUACAAACGCUUGAGGGGCACCAUGGAGAGGUUUGGGCCGUCGCUGCUGGUCACACAGGCAACAUGGCAGUGACUGCAGGUGCAGACAGAUCCAUUCGCGUCUGGGAAAAGACCGACGAGCCACUGUUUUUGGAAGAGGAGCGGGAAAGGGAGAUGGAAAAGCUGUACGAGACGGGAGCUCCAGCGAGAGAAGACGACGGUGCGGCAAUUGGUAGUCUUGCCGCUGGAGCUGAAGCGCCAGAGAAGACGGAUGAUGUUGGUGCUGUAACCAAAAGCACCGGAGAGACGCUCAAGGCGGGUGAACGGCUAAUAGAAGCACUGGAACUCGCCGAUGAGGACCUUCGAGCAAGAAAAGAGUGGGAGAAGCGGGGGUCACAAGGUGCACCGCCUGCUAGAUCACCCAUCUUGCUUGCGUCCUUUGGUCCUGACGAGGCUGUCGAUCCGAGCUUAUACGUGCUCCGUGUCACGGAGAAGAUCGCGGCCGCUCAGCUUGACGACGCCCUCAUCGUCAUUCCUUUCGACAAGGUCAUCAGUCUGAUGCGAUGCUUGGAUCAUUGGGCAAAGAAGCAAUGGAACAUUCCACUCGUUGCGCGCAUUCUUUUCUUCUUACUUCGAACGCACCACGCGCAAAUUGUGGCCAAUCGAGUGAUGCGUGUCACUCUCGCUAGCCUGAGCGGACAUCUUCGAUCAGCUCUAGAUCGACAAAAGACAACCAUCGGCUUCAACCUGGCUGCACUUAGGCACGUGCGCGCCCAAUACGUCGCACAGCGUACCAGCACUCUAUAUGAACGGCAUGGCUUUGAUCUGACCGCGGAAGAGGUGAAAGCCCGAAUCGAAGAGGGGCAAAAGAGGAAGCGAAAACUGGCAGUGUCGUAGAUGUACUGCAUUCAGUGAACGUGUCGAAGCAAAGCUGCGUCAGUCCUGAUAUGC